AUGCAUGACUUGUUUUCAACCGGCGGAGUCAUUGGUGGCAGUACUUUAAUCCAUGAGUUCUACUCUAGAGAAGUUAACAAUCCUAUUCAUUUGACUGUUGAUACUGAAUUUAGAACUGGUAAUGCUUCAAUUAAGGCUUUUGUCUCUGUUGGUCUGUCUCUUGGAGACCAACAACUUGCUGCACAAUUUCAAGAAAUUGCACUGGACCUAUGCAUGGUUGAGGCGGAACAGAUUGGGUUUAAUGUUCUUAAGCCAACAAUUGUUCACAAGCUUCCAAAUGAUCUCGAGGGAAUGGAAGCAACCACGGAACGGUUGCUUGCUCUAAUUGACGAUGUGUACAAAUAUGUGGAUAAUGUCGUGGAAGGACGCAGCGCCCCUGAUGAUAAAAUUGGAAGAUUUUUAUCUGAUAAAAUAGCAGCUCUUCCCAAACUAUCUCCAAAUGCUUUUGAUAAGCUAGUGAAUGACAGUCUGCAGGACCAACUUCUGUUGCUUUAUUUUUCUAGCAUUACGAGAACACAACUUAGCUUAGCAGAAAAGCUGAAUACUGCUGCCCAGAUCCUUUGAUGGAUAUUCCUUUUGUUUUCUUGAGACACCAUGAUAGUAGCUCUGUUGAUGUAGUAGUUUUU